CAGAAAAUCGGAGAUGUUUCCGGCCACUCGCCUGAUUUCCGACGAGAUGUACAAAAACGGCGAUGUUGCCAUGAGUUUUCCCGAUACAGUUUUUGCGUUUUGGGAGGAUGUCAACUCCUCGUCGAAGAAUUCAUCUAACUCCGGCGACUUUCUGGAUGAAGACAACAAGGAGUACGAGAAUUUCGGCACCCUGCAACACAACAAAGCUUACUGGGACGAACAAGACCAGCUCCUCCAGGCCACUUUAUGCAGAACAACCUCAAUAGAGUCAAAAAUUCGGCAAGCCACAAAGCAGGCUCUAAGAGAAUCAAGCGUAUCAUCGGGUAUGCAAACGCAAUGCGCUUGCCGGCGACCGGCGAUGUCGUACGGAUGCCGGAGUUGCCUCCAGAGACAAAUAUGCGAUCGCCUUUUGAACCAGGGCUUCAAUUGCUCCAUUUGUCAAUCUAAAUGGAAGAGCUCUUCAGAAAUCCCAUCAGGAGAGCACACCUAUCUGGAAGUGACUGAUAAAUCAAGCAGUAAAAGAGGAGAAGUGAGGGUGGUGAUAGAGUUAAGUUUUAGAACUGAAUUCGAGAUGGCACGUGGGAGCGAAGAUUACAACAGAUUAGUUAGCCGAUUGCCGGAAGUAUUUGUGGGAAAGGUUGAGAGAUUAAGAGUGUUAAUUAAGAUUUUGUGUUCGGCUGCUAAGAAAUGCAUGAAGGAGAAGAAAAUGCACUUGGCACCGUGGAGAAAGCAGAAGUACAUGGAAGCAAAGUGGCUGAUCGGAACCUUCGACAGGUCGGCGGUGGCCCUGUCGGUGGCCGGAGACCAUGUCCGGCCACUGAAACCCAAGACUUCAAUGCUCACCUGUGACUUACUGGAGAACAUUCCCGGCAUGCGCCGUACUGUAGUUGAGGUUUUGUGAGAUGAGAGUUGAGAAGAGGAUGAAGGAAAAUUUUGCUCCCGCGUGUUGGUCUCAUUUCCUCUUUAAUACCAGUGAGAAAUAAAUAAGAUUUAAUGGGGUGUGUGUGGAUAUAUAGUUACCCAGACUCAUUCCUGAGCUAACUUUCACUGGGUUAAAAAAAUUCACUCAAUACCUUUAAAAUUUAAUAUGACGAGCUCCCAGAUUCCUCCUAAACUAACUCUCACCAACCUUAUGUUUGAGUCAAAAAUAUUCACCCCAUCCCUUUAAAA